AUGAGCACCACCAUACAGUACGAGAUUCAGCCCCAGCGUCGCGGUGGGCGUGUCCGGGGAGCUGAGGGAUACCACAAGGAGGAUAUAGUUGCUUUACUCAAUUGCGUCAGGACUAUUGUGCCGAUCACUACUGAUGAAUGGGACGAGGUGCUGGAAGAGUAUCGGAAUACGCACGCAAUUCCCAACAUACGUGCGCAACGUGACACCAUCUCACUUAAGACCAAGUUUAAGCAACUAUUACGGAACCAUAAGCCCGGUUUAGAUAGCCGUUCAGAUGUACGGGAAGCUGGGCUUAUUUUAGACUUAAUAGAAGCCAAAAUGGCUAACGGCAAGUCUCAACAACGUCGAGGAGGCAGAGUAAGAGGCGCUGAGGGAUUCUCACUCGCUGAUUCUAAAGCCCUUCUGAGCAUCGUUCGGCGUCUCUUGCCUGUACAACGAUCUUCCUGGGAUCAAGUUGCAAAAGAAUAUUGUAAGGAAUAUGCAGAGCCGAACGACAGAGCCAGCAGAGACGGCUCCUCGCUGAAAAACAAGUUUCGUCAUUGGCUCAAAAAAGAUACGGCAAAUGUAGCACGAGAGGAGGUAACGCAAGCGCUGGUUAUUCAUGAGGCGAUAACAGCCAAAUUAAAAAAGAUGGCGUAUGUUGUGGAAUCCGCCGAGCAUGACGUCGAGACAAUGAAUGUUGAAGCCAUGAUAGAAAAAGUCGAGGGUACAGCUUGUGUUAGUAGCUUGACAGUAGAAGGGCCAUCAAGCAGUGAUGGUGGCGAAGAAGUUUCUACCUUGGGAACUCGACGUGGAGGACGAGCGCUGGGAUCAGAAGGAUACUCGCAGACAGACACAUGGGCUUUACUUGCUUGUGUCAGAGAAGUCUUACCAACCGAACAGUCGACUUGGGAGCAAGUGUUACAAUUAUACCGUACAAAGCACGCGGUUCCCAACAAUCGUGCGCAGAGAAAUUCAACAGGAGUUAAGAUUAAGUUUCGACAGCUUCUAAACUACAGGGAAAAUUCGAGCAAGCCCUUGCCUGAAACUGUGCUGGAAGCCCGUGUUAUUUCGAAAGAGAUAGAUGCACGUGGUAGGAACAGGAAACACGAACAUCUGGACAGUGGAUUGGACGCUUCCCUGUCACAUACAUCGGAUGAACUCGCGUCAAAUGGCAGUGAAGAUAAUCGUGCGGGUUUAUCUCAUGAUGAGCAACGAAGUAGCAAGAAGCGAUUAGAUGUGGACGCUACUGUUGCAACAUCGAUAGGAAGUUUGCAGCAAUCCCUUAACGAAUCAGUGAAACGCCAAAAACAUGCCAUGUCCGUGCAAUCUCAAGAUCUCGACAGUGAAUCCUUGCGUGUUGAAAUCGCAAGUCGAGAGCUGACACUUUUGCGACAACGCGAGCAAAGAGAGGCAGAACUGAGGGUUUGGGAGAAAGAGCGGACCAUGCGGGAGAAACAGCGUAUGGAUAUGGAAACAUGGGUAUUUGUGUGUGAUCGAUUGCGAACACUUCACCGAGAGCGGGCAAUUGAGCAAAAUUUAAAUAUAGUCGAUGAGAUCAAUGAAGAGAUUGCUAUGCUCAAGAUAAAGAAGCAGCAACUUGCGAGUCUUAUGGCUUAG